AUGAAGGGUCGCAUCAGCUGGAAGAUUCGCGAGCUCCACGACAAGUACGGUCCUGUUGUGCGUAUCGCCCCAGAUGAAAUCUCGUAUACGACAUCUGGCGCAUGGAAGAAAAUAUAUGGACAGCGAAACCCUGAGUUCGUCAAGGCUCUCGACGGCAGGGGCAUUGCGCCUGCAAGUAUCGGUGGCCAACGCAGCUUGAUGACGGAGCACCAAGACAGACAUCUGAGGCUGAGGAGGGCCAUAGAUCCUGCAUUUAGUCAAAGAGCACUACGUGAACAGGAGAGCUACUUCCAAGACCACUCGGACAAUCUUGUUCAGAAGCUGGAGCAACGGUGCAAAGAAGGACCCCUAGAUAUGACUACUUGGUACAAUCUCGUCGCAUUUGACAUCGUAUCCGAUCUGGCUUUUGGUGAGCCGUCAGGCUGCGUCAACAACCCUGACCAACCAUGGAUCCAAGCCAUACUCGCUCGUGCCAAAGCCAUUGUCUGGUUUCAGCUCGCCGUACAGUACGGAUUUAUGGAUCUUCUCAACUGGAUGACACCAAAGUACGUCACCGAAUCGAGGAAGAAACACAUCGCUAUGACUGAGGCCAAGCUCAAGGCGCGAGUUGAAGCUAAAAACCCUGGCAAAGACUUCAUGUCAUACAUUCUCGAAAACGACGAAAAGCUCAACCAUCUCGAACUUGUGAUGCUCUCUUCCAACUUCAUCGUAGCAGGUAGCGGCACAUCUGCCGGUGGAAUGUCCGGCUUGACAUAUCUUCUGCUGCGCAAUCCAGACAAGUUGAACAAGCUCAAACAAGAAAUACGCAGUUUGUUCAAAAGCCGCGCGGAUAUGACCCUUCAGGCGGUGACCAGCUGCAAGUACCUGCGCGCCUGUCUCAACGAGGGUAUGCGUCUCUAUCCGCCAACACCGGGUUCGCUGCCACGAUUCGUUCCUGGAAAGGGUGAGAUGAUCGAAGGCAAAUGGGUUCCGGGGGGUUACGCUGUUGGUGUUAACCAGCUGGCGGCCGGCCACUCCGAACGUAACUUCAGGAAGGCGCGCGAGUUCCAUCCCGAGCGCUGGCUCGACGAGCCCGACUCCGAGUUUAAGGAUGACGACCGUUCUGCAGUUCAGCCAUUCUCGUAUGGUCAGAGGGCUUGUAUUGGACGGUCCAUGGCCUAUGCUGAGAUGUCUCUCACGAUGGCGAAGUUGGUACGGUAUUUCGACUGGGAGCUUCACGACCCCGAAAAUGAUUGGUGGAACCAGCAAGGCACCUACCUCGUGUGGGAAAAGCUGCCUUUGCAGUGUACUACACGUGGGCCCGAGUUGCUGCCCGAGAAUGAAUGGCUCGUUAGUGUAUUUAAGUCGCCAGUGGCACGUCAUCCAGGCAGCGGUACGAACUCAAGAGGUGUCGAAUCGCUAUCAUUCAAGAUGCAAAUACUUCUUCCAAUCCUAGGGGCGGGUAUAUUGCUCAUCAUUCACAUUGUCAAUACUUUUCUCGUAAGACCCUUACAAACCUUCCUCAAGAGCCGCCGUCUCGGAUGUGGCUCAGUGCCAUUUGAGCCAACUCGAUGGCCUCUAGGCGUCGACACCGUAUGCCGGAGCCUACAAGCCGACAAAGAGCAAAGAACGCCUGAUUUUAUAGCUUCCCGCUUUGAAACCAUGGGUCGCUAUACGUGGGGACUAUCACUGUUGGGGACAUCGAACCUUAUCACAGCCGAUCCACGUAACGUACAAGCACUCCUCGCAACGCAAUUCGAUGAUUUCGUCAUGGGCACAGCGAGGAGGACAAACUUGAAGACGGCGCUUGGGCGCAGUAUCUUUGCUGUGGAUGGCAAAGCAUGGCAUCGUGCAAGGGAGACCAUGCGGCCGAUCUUCAGUAGAGAGAAUGUUUCUCGGCUUGAGUUGCUCGAGGAACACUUACAGACUAUGUUGCGGAUCAUAGAGACUAAAAACGAGGGAUUGAUGACUGAUGCUGAGAACCGAGCAUGGUCGACACCUGUGAGCUUGGCUGCACUGUUACCGCGUUUGACUAUGGAUUCGGCAACUGAACUGUUCCUCGGACAGAGCACACACUCCCUCAAUACAGCGCUUGUCAAACAGCAGCGAAAGAGUAGUAAUGACGAAAGCGAUGAGUACAGUUUCGAUCAUGCUUUCGAGCGCAUGCUCGCCAUCUUAGGGACAAGAAUGCGACUACGAAGCCUAUACUGGUUAUACGGCAACAAGGAACUCGAAGAGUGCAUCAACACUCUUCACACUUUCGUAGACAGCGCCAUAGAUGCCGCUGAUCAAGCACGGAAGUCAGGCUCAUCACAACUCCGCUAUGACUUUCUCGAAUCACUCCGUACGCGUUGUUCUGACCGCGCUGAGGUACGCGAGCAAGUGUUGGGCUUGUUGGCCGCGGGCAGAGACACCACAGCGUCACUUACAGCCUGGGUCUUCUACUGCCUAGUAAGAAACCCGAGGGUGUACAAAAAGCUCCGCGAAACUGUUCUUGCAGAGUUUGGCCCUUACUCAACGAAUGUUGGGCAGACGAUAACAUUUGAGAAGCUCAAGAGCUGCACAUACCUACAGCAUGUUCUGAACGAAACACUACGGCUACAUUCAGUCGUCCCAUUCAACUCUCGCUGCGCUGUACGAGAUACGACGCUUCCUGUCGGCGGCGGACCGGAUGGAAGCAUGCCUGUGUUCGUACCUAGGGGUACCGAAGUCAACUUCAGUACGCAUGUGCUGCACCGACGGAAAGAUCUGUGGGGCGAAGACGCCGACGAAUUUGUGCCUGAGCGAUGGGAAAAGAGGAGGCCAGGACUGAGUUGGCAAUACGUUCCUUUCAAUGGUGGACCGCGUAUCUGUAUUGGCCAGCAAUUUGCCCUUACAGAGGCUGGAUAUGUGCUAGCAAGGAUGUUGCAGAGGUAUGAUAGUAUUGAGGGUCUGGAUAUUGACAUGAAGCGCGAUUGGCAUAACUUCACUGUUGUGUGCGGGCCGAAUGCGGCUUCAGGGUAUCAAUACCACCGAGAGCCUGAGCUGUGGGGUGGUAAAAGCCGAAGAUUGCAUCUACAGCUUUGUUUGAUAUCACAGGCUCGGAGAAGAGGAACAUGUUCAGCACCACUCCCUUCAGGGCGCGGCGAUGGACCUGCUGCUUCAAGACUCGAAAAACAAAUCAAAGCGAGCAAGUCUAGAGGCAAGACUACCAGCUUCAACGCGAACAUGCUGUCUGUUAUAACCUAUCUCAUCUGCAUCAGUCCCAUCGUGUACUUUCUCGUUCGCUCCGUCUACUACCUCUUCUUCCAUCCUCUGUCAGCCUUUCCAGGUCCAAAACUCUGGGCAAUUUCCCGCGUUCCCUGGAACUAUGUCAGCCUACAGGGAGAUCUCGCAUGGCGCAUUCGUGAUAUGCAUUUGUAUUACAAUAGCAGCGUGAUACGCGUUGCUCCAGAUGAGCUGUCGUAUACGAGCAGCACAGCCUUGAAGAAAAUAGACGGCACUCCACCACCGCGCGAGUUCCUCAAGUGUCUAGAUGGUCGUGGUAUCGCUCCAGCGGUUGUUAACGGGCGCCGCAGCAUUGUCACUGAGACGCCCGAGCGGCACACUGUCCUCCGCCGUGCCCUCCAGCCCGCCUUCAGUGAGCGUGCCUUGCGCGACCAAGAAGACUUCUUCCGCGACCACACUGAUCGACUGACCGCACAGUUACGAAAGCCACAAUAUGGUAUCACUGAGCAGAACAUCUUACGAUGGUUUGCCCUACUCAGUUUCGAUAUCAUGAGCGAUCUAGCCUUUGGUCAGCCGGCCGGCUGUCUAGACCGUGUAGAUGAGCCCUGGCUAGAAGUCAUUGGGUCGCGCGUCAAGAGUAUUGUCUGGUACCAAUUUGCGGUGUACUACCACAUCGAGUGGAUUCUGAGAUGGGUCAUGCCCAAAGCAGCCAUGGAGGCGCGGAAGCGGCACCAAACUCUGACGCUACAGAAGGUGCAGCGACGGAUCGAAGAGGAGCGUAGCGGGAAACGAAAGGGAAAGAGAAGGGAUUUCAUGAGUUAUAUCCUUGGUAACGACAGGGAAAACUUAAGCAAUAUGGACUUGUUUGGUAUGGCAAGUGCGUUGAUCGUGGCGGGCAGCAACACGACUACGUAUACGAUGACUGCUUUCGUCUUCUUCGUCUGUCGACAUCCAGAAGUCUAUGCUAGAGUUGUUGCUGAAGUGCGAGAAAAAUUCGCGAGUGAGGCUAACAUUACCAUGGUUGCUGCUGGUGAACUACCCUACUUGAAAGCUUGCAUCGAGGAGACGAUGCGCAUGUCACCUCCUACACCUUCAGCUUUGCCGCGCUGGGUUCCGGAGGGUGGAGAGGAGAUAGACGGCAAAUGGGUUCCGGGAGGUACUGCCGUAGGCGUGCAUAAUCUGGCGGCCUGCCAUGUUCCAUGGAACUGGCAUCGACCUCUCGAAUUCAUCCCUGAGAGGUGGCUGCAGACGAAAGAAGGCGAGUUCACUCACGAUGACCGCGGCGCCUCCCGCCCUUUCUCCUACGGUCGACAUGAUUGUAUUGGGCAAACUAUGGCAAUGAACGAGAUGAGGCUUGCCUUAGCCAAGCUCUUCUGGAACUUUAAUAUCUUCCUCGACCGUAGCUCGGAGGAUUGGUGGAUCACGCAGAAGUCAUACUUGGUCUGGGAGAAGAAGCCGCUCAUGGUUUCGAUAAAGCCAAGACAUUAGGGCACUUUACUCGCAAUGGCCGACCGUCCUAAACGCGAGCUGAAGGUGCUUUCACUGGGAAUGACACGUACUGGAUCGGCCUCGAUAACUCAAGCUCUUGAGAUGCUGGGAUAUGAAGGUGUACAUCAUGGCAUCCAGGCUCUAAGCUCACCACUUGAGUGGCAGUUGUUCAGCAAGGCCUGUGAUGCCUUCUUUCCUGUGCUCCCUACCCACACGGGCCAGCCAUUCACGCGCGCAGACUGGGAUGUGCUUUUUGGGCCUUACGAAGCCGUCACCGACAUGGGAUCAUUCUUCGCGACGCAACUGAUCGAGGCCUACCCUGAGGCGAAGGUUAUCCUGGUAGAGCGUGAUAUCGACGAGUGGUAUGACAGUAUGGAAGAGGCCAUCUUUAGUACGACGUGGGGUUUGCGCGCAGAUAUUGUCAUCAACGUGUUGGGACCGCUGUACGGGCUCAACGGCGGCAAGACAAUCCGCAAAAUCAUGCUCGGUUUCUACGGCGUCCGCAAUGUGAAGGACAUGCGACGGGUUGCUAAGGGUCGAUAUAAGCAACAUUAUGCAGAAGUCCGAGCUGCGGUGCCGGCGGAGCGCUUGCUCGAGCUACGCUUAGAAGAUGGGUGGAAGCCGCUAUGUGAGUUCUUGGAAAAAGAGACACCGAACACGCCAUUUCCCGUGAAGAACAAGAGAGGAGAGCACGUGAAGAGGGUCAGGCAGAAACAGAAUAUGUUCUUCAAGCACGUCGCGGCGAGGUUUGCCAAGAAUGCGGUACCUUACGGCAUAGGUGCUGGAGUCAUAGGCUUCAUUGCCUGGAGAAGUGAAAUUGAGGCUGAUGCGGGCGGUUGGGGCAAAGUGAACGGACCAUGGGCGAGCUCGGCGCUAGUCCUCUUCCGGAGCAAGAUCCUCGAGAUCGCAAGGUGUUCUUUCGAAAUACUUCCACGAGCGGUCCAUAUAAUAGCAACCGCAACUCGCCUUUUGUUUUCCUUCCUUUACGAUACCCGGAGAGCUCAGUCUUCUCCACCACAUUGCGAGCUCCAAGAGAGUUACGCCCGCACUUGCAACUGGCACUUGAAGCCACACCGUCUUUGA